AUGAAUGGUAUUUGUACUAUGCUUUCUCAAGAACAACGAAAUUCUUUAAAGUCAAAACAUAUAUUGAUUGUUGGUCUUGGAGGUGUUGGUUCAUAUACUGCUGAAAUUCUUGCACGAUGUGGAAUUGGUCAUUUAACCAUUGUUGAUGCUGAUACAAUUUCUGUCUCAAAUAUUAAUCGUCAACUUCCUGCCAUUCCUUCAACAGUCGGUCAAUCUAAAGUAGGUAUUGUUAAACAAAGACUUGAAAGAAUUAAUCCAGAAAUUGAAGUAAAAACAGUUGUAGAAUUUUUAGAGAAUGAAAGAAUUCAUGAAUUGGUUUCAUCAGGAUUUGAUUAUGUUGUAGAUGCAAUUGAUAGUGUUUCUCCAAAAGUGUUUUUGAUUAAAAACGUAAUGGAAGCUAAAAUUCCUUUGGUAUCUUCUAUGGGUGCAGGUGGAAGAUUUGAUCCAACAAAAAUUCAAAUUGCUGAUAUUUCCUUAAGCCACAAAGAUAAUUUAACUCGUCUUGUUCGUUACAGAUUACAUAAACAUGGUAUUCGUUCAGGAUUUAAUUGUGUGUUUAGUUCAGAAGAACCUGAUAGAGCUGCUUUGAUGUUUCAUCAAGAACGUUUUAAAAAGUCAUCUUUUGGAACACUUUCUUAUAUUACUUCAAUGUUUGGAAUUAAAUGUGCUGAAUCUGUCAUCCGUGAUUUAAUUGGUCAUCCAGUUGUCAAUGUUGAAAUGGAAAGACCUUGGGAAGAGAAUAACCCACAUAAGUAA